AUGGCUCUUCUUGCAUGGAGUGUUGUUUGUGCUUUGAGUGAGGAAGUAGAUGAAAGCAGCUAUGGAAGUCCAAAAAGAUGGGCGUUUGAUAAUGACUAUGACGAUGACUAUUGUUCGUAUAGAAGUUGGCGGAGUUGUGGGAGUUUCUUCGGCAGAAGAGGUCAGGGAAUGAGUCGAGCUAAAGGGUAUGGGCCAGCAGGUGGAGGCAGCGGCGGUGGAGGUGGCAGUGGUGGUGGUGGGGGCAGUGCGGGUGGUGGGUCGGGGCAUGGCGAAGGCUAUGGAGCUGGAGGUGGAACGGGAAGUGGUGGUGGUGGUGGUGGCGGUGGAGGCGGCGGAGAAGGCGGAGGAAGUGUUGGUGCUGGUGAGGGGUCCGGUCAUGGGAGCGGGUUCGGAGCCGGUGCUGGCGCUGGUGUUGGUGUUGGGAGUGGUGGUGGCGGCGGUGGAGGAGAGGGUCGAGGUGGUGGUGGCAGUGUUGGUGGUUCAGGUGAAGGGUCCGGUCACGGCAGUGGUUUUGGUGCAGGAGAUGGUGGUGAAGGAGGUAUGGGUGGCGGUGGUGGUGGAGAAGGUGGGGGUGAGGAUUCAAAUGGAGGUUCUGGUCAUGGUAGUGGUUUUGGUGCUGGCGGUGGUGUAGGUGGCAGCACAGGCGGAGGAGGUGGAGGUGGCGGCGGUGGAGAAGGAGGUGGUUCAAAUGGAGGGCGUGGUCAUGGUAGUGGUUUUGGUGCUGGUGCUGGUGGUGAUACAAGCAUUGGUGCUGGAGGAGGAGGAGGUGGUGGUGGAGGCGGCGGCGACAGUUCUAGUGGAGGUUUUGGUCAUGGUAGUGGGUUUGGAGCUGGUUUCGGUUUCGGAGUAGGAGGUGGUGGUGGUGGUGGCGGCGGAGGUGGAGGUGGCGGUGGCGGUGGCAAUGGUGGAGGAGGAAGUGGUAGGGGAGAAGGUGAAGGAUAUGGUCAUGGUGAGGGUGGUGGGGGUGGUUUUGGAAUGGGAGGCGGUGAUAGCGGCGGGAAAGGGGAGGGAGUGGGACGUGGUGGCGGCAAAGGUUAUAGUGGUGGAAGUACUGGGAUGGGCAUGGGAUUUGGAAUGGGCUUUGGAAUUGGUUUUGGAAGGGGAAGUGGUGUUGGAGCUGUUACUACUGGUGACCACCCUUAG